CAGGGGCCAUGUUUAUUCCAUUAUUCCAAGCUUGUUCUAGUAAAUCCGCCAGAAUCCCACAGUAUUUUCCAAUGAUUAAUGCUCCCCUUGUCAGGCAGUUGAUGGCAUUUUUCACCAAGUCAGGAAAUCUGAAUAAGGUAAGCGUUUUUCCCUCUCCAGGUGUCUUGAAUGUGGCCACGGUGGACCCAGAACGCAUCCUUUCCGAUAUCUUUCUUGCUGCUCCCUGGUGGGAGGGUCAAUAUUUUUUUGGAAUGGCUGGGAGCCCCGUUAACUGCCAAUUUUCCACCUCCUUCAGGAGGAAAGAUGACCCUAAAGGCCUCCUGACUUCGCUCCCCCACCGAGCUGCUAUUCUGCGAGCGGCCGCCAGAGGUCCCUCGUUCGGCGCCCCGAGCAGGAGCCGCGCUGGGCGCGUGUGGGGGCUGCUCGUGAGCCGCGGCUGCCGCCGGAGGCCCGCGCCCGCUCGUCGGCGCUCUCAGAGACCGCGCGCUCUGGUCCGGAGCCCCUCGUGGGGACCCGCAGGCGGCUCCUCUCCCGCUCCCAGAUCACCCUCGUGCUCUCACGCCGCUGCCGCUGACCCGGCGCGGGGACCCGCAGGGCCCGGGCUAAGGGCGGAACGCUCCGCUUUCAGGAAGAAGAAACAUGAGGUUUCCCUGGAAAUUAUUCAAUAGGAAAAUGGAAGGGGCCAUUUAAAAGGGUUGAAAAGCUGCAGAUUGCCAGACUGGGGCCACAGGGCUGGCAGUGGAAAACCCUGUUGGGUUGUGACCUCUCAUUGACAAGUCCCAGGUGCCUUUUUACUUCCUGCAAAGGAAAGGAAGAAAAGGAGACCAUGUCCAUAGCCUUGAAGCAGGUGUUCAAUAAGGACAAGACCUUCCGGCCCAAGAGGAAAUUUGAACCCGGCACACAGAGGUUUGAGCUCCACAAACGGGCUCAGGCGUCCCUGAACUCGGGUGUGGAUCUGAAGGCGGCUGUGCAGCUGCCCAGCGGGGAGGACCAGAACGACUGGGUGGCAGUGCACGUGGUAGACUUCUUCAAUCGCAUCAACCUCAUCUACGGCACCAUCUGUGAGUUCUGCACCGAGCAGACCUGCCCCGUGAUGUCAGGGGGCCCCAAGUACGAGUAUAGGUGGCAGGAUGACCUCAAGUAUAAGAAGCCAACUGCCCUUCCCGCUCCCCAGUACAUGAACCUUCUUAUGGAUUGGAUCGAGGUCCAGAUCAACAACGAGGACAUAUUUCCAACGUGUGUGGGUGUUCCCUUCCCAAAGAACUUCCUUCAGAUCUGCAAGAAGAUCCUGUGCCGCCUUUUCCGAGUCUUUGUCCACGUCUACAUCCACCACUUUGACAGGGUCAUUGUGAUGGGUGCGGAGGCCCACGUCAACACCUGCUACAAACACUUCUAUUACUUCGUUACAGAGAUGAAUCUCAUAGACCGCAAGGAGCUAGAGCCCUUGAAAGAGAUGACGAGCAGGAUGUGUCACUAAUGCCCCAUCUUACCCUUUGGAAGGAAGAGGAAAACUGUUUCCUUCUGGAGUCCCCAGUGGGCAGGCAGGACACCUCCCUGGCUGAAACAGCGCACCUACUGCUGGGAGCAGGCAAAGUGGAGACAAGCCUCAACUCCCAAGAGACGUUCCCCCCUCACUCCGUGUGCUCUUAACCCUCUGAGUGCUGCUAGCUGGACCUGUGGACCUGGCCGACCACAGCGUGAGAGAAGGACCACGCCCUCAACCCUCUGGGCUCUGGAGGAGGCCUCUGCACUUACGAGCUCCUCGCAGUUCUGCCUGUGACCUGCCGCUUAAGCUUUACUGGAAUUCAGGUUUAAAGACAGAUACUUAUUUGUACUUUUCUUGUCUUGUCAGCUGUCCAACUUUUCUGUAACGUGUUUUUAAGUACCCAGAGAAUCUUGGAAUUCUGGAUGUGCAGCAAGCUCUUCUAUAACCAGCCUUCUUCUCAGGUCUCUGACAGCUUGCGCCCUGGUCCUGUGGUGUAAUGUGGACCAGUGCUGGGGAGCCCUGAGACCUGAGGCCUGCCCUACAGCGUGGACACAAUUUCCCUAAUCGACAGUUUUAUCAGGGAUCACUUCAUGGCGUGGCUUGUCUCUGCCCGAGACAGGGUCUGCCCGCUUUGCAGGGAAGAGACUGGUAGCUAGCAUACAGCUAGAGUUACCAGUUCACCCUGAACAGAAUGUGUUUUUUAUAACUACACCAUUCCUUGUCUCUGCCAUUCAAGAUAUUCCUUCCUGUUUCCCAGAAGAGGGAAUAAAAGGGAGUUAUAAAUGACCAAGAAUGAACAGCAGAUGCCCUGAGCCAGAGUAGUGCAGUGUUUGUUCUUUAUUAAAGGGUAGGGAGUAGUGGCUGUCUCUACAUAAUACUAAAAUUUCAGUAAUAAAACAAACCCAAAGUACGGUUGGUUAUUUGGUGCAAGUGGCUCAAACGCCUGGCUCUUUGACUUCUGCCCUUCUGAACAGGCCUUCUGAGCUUCUAAAUCCAAUCGAUGUUUCCUUCCUUUUCUUCCACACUCUCCUCUCCUAUGCCACAUCACAUUAUGGCACAAAAUUUCUGCCUCUGUGAUUGUCCCACAGUUGCCAAGGUAACAGUGGAGCUGGAACUUCCUUCUUCUAUCUUCCCCAAUUUUUUUCUGUUACAGUGGACAGAGUGACUCAUUCUGUGCUACACCUUGCCUUUGAAACCUAAGUGAAUUUUAGUUGGAAAAAUGUUGCCUUCUCUGAUUCAUUCACAAAACUCUGUGGUCCUGAGAGCCUGUGACUAGGGGGUAAUAACACUUCCAGUGAUUACUUGAAUUUGACAAAAUAGCAGUUGGUGGAGGGAAGUAGACAAGAAUGUAUUUGUGCAUUUUAAUGUCAUACCAAUUAGAGAAUCAACAACUCUGAUUUCAUUUCAUUCUACAUAAUGUGUUAAAGCCAUCUGUGGCUGUUGAAGAGCCUAGACAGCAUGUUAUCUUUCUUUGUACAAACUAAGAAAGGGCUGACUGUCCGGGCGCAGUGGUAUUCUGCAUUAACUAACCCAGCAAACCAACCUUUGCUUCACAGCUCCAAGUUGUCUCAUAGAAUCCAAAUGCUGCUACCUCUCUCCAUGUUGUUGUGCUGUAGUCAACAACAACGUACCCCACUUUUUUUUCUGUUACUUUGAGGGGACAAGGACAAGAUAGACAAAGCAUCUAUCUUGUAGAUGUAUAUCUUCUCAGCAUCACUUAUAGCUGAAAGAAUAUUGACUGUCCUAAGGAUCCAGACAACAGAGAAAUAAGAGCCCCUAUUCCCACCCUACGCAAUCUGCAGUAACUACCAUAUUGGGCAGAGAAAUUAUGGCAUGGAAUCUGUGCCCUAGGAGGAACUCUGAAGCUCUGCACCAUGGAAAACCACAGGACUUUUGCAUUAGACAGUUGACUGUGUUACUGCAUUUCAGUAAUGCCUAAUCAAGUAGGAUGCUGGACUCUGAAGACAUUUGUUAGUAAUUCUUUUUAAGGUUAUUGUCUAUUAACUGUUUGUGCCUAUGAAAUCUCCACUCAAUGUAAAAAUCAAAGUAUUUUUAAAACUUCUUGGAACAAUUUCCUCCUGGUUAUACUACUAAUCAUACUAAUCAACUCUUCUAAGAUAAAUUCUGGCAAACUUACCCUAUUUCAAACUUGUCCUAUCCUAUCUGUUAUUUUUUAAUUACAGAGUGUUCCUAUUCCCACAGAACUUCGGCAAAUUCUGAAGAAAACUAUUACAGUUUUUGUCUCUUUGGCUUGACUACAUUCUAAGUACAUCUCUUUACAGAAGGGAAUCUAAGCUCCUGGGAACCUUUUAGGCAUCUCUAGCUCUCUGGAUCUGAGACCAACACCCUGCAACUUCCUCCUAAUCUGGCUGGCUUGCACUCAUUUUCUUUUUUUAGUUGAGUAAUACAUAUAACCACUUUUUUUUUUUAAGGAACUUCACAAAGGGAAGAUUGCAUUGAACAUAUGUAUGCCCUUCAUUUAUGUUUAUCAGUUGUCAAUAUUUCUUUAAUUAACAUUUUCCAUAUUUUCUUUCUCUCUGUAAAUAUACAUUCUCAUUGUUCAACCAUUUUGAAAUAUGAUACAGAUAUCAUAAAACUUUGAAAUACUUUAUCAGUUGCCCCAAAAAUGUUUAUGGCUUGUUUUUUUCAAAUCCAAUACCCAAUUAAGAGUCACACAUUGCAUUUAGUUGUCAUUCUCUUUAGUUAGUGGAUUACAGUUCUCCUUGUAUGUGUGUGUAUAUGUGUCUUUCUUGACACUGACAUUACUAAAGAGUUGAGGCUAGUUUCUUGUAGAAUGUCCCACAAUCUGGAGGGUUUUCCCGACUGUUUCCUCUUCAUUGGGUUCAGGUCAAACAUUUUUUAGUAAGUGAUAUUUCUUUCCUAUUGCCUCACAUUAGGAGACACAUACGUCUAGUUGUCUCUUUUCAUGGUGUUGGCUUGAUCAUUGGGUUCAGGUGUUAUAUACCUGAUCCAUUGAUUAGAAAGGUCCAUAAUUCAUUAUGAAGUUUUGAUACUUAGUUUGCUGACAUUUUGUAGACUGUCAGGCUGCAUAUGUGCAUUCCUUCCUUAAUAUUCUCAAAGAAGUACAAGAUUACAACCAGUGCUGUUAGAUGAUCUGUCAUCACCAAGGAUUCAUAUAUUCCCAUUUAACAAAGGGAAAGGGGAGUAAGAAGAUUCCCUGAGGAAAAUACAUGCAUAUUGCUGGCUAAUGAAAAUUUGUAUAGUCCCUGUGAGUCAGAGUGGAAACAUAUAUAACUUUUUGGGGUUUUUUUGCCCCCAAUCUCAGUGACCUCCCAUUCAGGUCCCUGGUUUAUUUUAGAGACUAUGUAUCCUCAUUGAAGGUGAUUGCCCAAUGGUGCAAAAAAUCUUUUUUUCUUUUAGGGGGAGGAAAUUUUAGAUAUUACAGUGGGUUGUGGUCUUUCAAAGACACUAAUUACAUAAAUGCAUAUAAGUAUGUGGCAUUAAAAUUUCAUAAGGAAGGUAAGGAAUCAAAUGUCUUUAAAGUCUCCUUAGGAAGAUGAUAAUGAAAAAAAUAGGUUAAGAAAUACUCAUCUAGAGUCAGUUUAUGUUUCUUAGGUUGUUAAUUUUCUCUUUCUGUGGUAUUUUCUAAUUUCUGAGGGCCAGGAUGAGUAGAAGCAACUUUGAGUGAUUUCUUAAACCUUUCCUCUAACCUCCCAGGCCAUAACAGUAACAUUCCAGGUGAAAACCCAAUUCUCCUCUCAAAAAUCUUAAGGCACAGAAAUUCUGCAGCAUCCUUUGGUAUAACCCCCACAAUACUCCACAACAUCUGAAACCCUUGCGUUCAACUUGAGUCAACUAUUAUCUGUGUUUCAGCACACCUUUUCUAGUGUCCCACAUAAAGAAAGAUCCAAAGACUAUAUAGGAUUAUUAAAAAUAAUAAUAAAUGAGAGCUUUCCCUGUAUAUCCAUUAAAUAUUUGAAAAUUGUUGCCAAAUGGCCUUCAGGCCUAUCCUCAGCAUUCUCCCAGGGGAAGUUUCAUUGCUCCGUUGCUAACAUUUCCAUACCUCAGCUCGGCCUUCCCAAAGCUUUUCCUGUCACUGUGCAACCUGGAUGUAACCAACAGUGAACAUGUAAGAAAUUAUCUCAUGAUUUUUCCGAACUAUUUUGUGGCUUUGCUUUGUCCUGACUUGCUUUUUACACGUUUAUAAGUUUUCUUUUCUACUAUAUUUGCCCACACUAAAUCCUUAUCUAUUUAUAUUCAACCAUUCUGGUUUGUCUUCCCCAGUUUCCUUCCUUCCCACCUUUUAACAUUCCUCAUAAAUGUACACUGUUUUGUUUAAUCACUUCUUUAAUUGGCAAAGCAUUAAGGGACUUGGAUAAAGUUCCACUCAUCUUUUUGCAGUGAUUUAUGCCAAUCCAUCAUUCUCGUCAUUGAUAGAAAUACAUCACUUCCUAUGGUGUCUGACCUUUCAUCACUUCCACACCCAUGGGUAUCACACUGUGAGAAAAAGAAAUAUCGUAGGGAAGAAAUAUUAUGGCCACAUCUUCAAGAAAUGUGUACAAAGGCAGAAUCACUAAAUGGAGCCAGAUGUGCCCCUUGGAUAAUACUGUUGUUAUUUGUGCUUUGAUCAUUUUGGUCCUUGAUAAAAUAGGUGAUUGUCUGCUAGAAUUAGCCAAACAAUGUGUUUUGGAAAUACUGUGCUUAUUUUCUUGCGUUAAAGAAAUGUAUCAACAAAAACACUUUUGUAACAGGCUGAUUCCCUCUGGGCAGAUUAAUUCUGGCUAAGUUUUCAAUGAAUAAGAAUUUUUGUAACUUUUAGAGGAAGAGUCCAUUUCUAAUCUGACAAGCUGUUUUACUAGCUUUUAGUGUUCUAAUUUCAAAGUUUUCUACUAUCUUUUCUAAUUGCAUCAGAAAGAAGUUUUAUAUUUUUAGUUCCAUUUGUCAUUAAAUUAAGGGUUUGGCUGUAAGAAGAACUAACACAAAUCAAUUAGAAAAGCAAGAUAAAACUAAAGGAUAUUUAUGAAUCAGUUCAUUGUGAGCUUAGGAAUUCAAAUGUCACAAAUAAAAAUCACAUAAU